UAACAGAUUUUGUGUUGUUCUGAAGCGCACCACCUUCCUUCUUUCCCUCCCCUUCUCUCUCUCUCUCUCUCUCUCCCUCUCUCUAAAACUCUGUUUCUCAAAAGCAAAAAUGUCCAGCGGCGACGACCCUAUGGAGGAAACAAAUGGGGAUUCGUUUCACCAAGCAAUGAGGCAACGGUUGAAAGAUCGGUCAAAGAAAGUUGCUCAGACCAAAGAGAUUUUGUCGAAACAAGCGGUUCAGACCAGAGAGAUCCUUUCAAAGCAGGCUGUGAAGAUCGCCAAACAAGCUGAGGAGCAUGAAAAGUUCAUCAACAAGGUGACGCAUUUUGUGGGGGUUCUCAGUUUCGGUGGAUUUUGCUUCCUCUUAGGAGCAAGACCGCAAGAUACGCGAUAUGUGUAUUGCUUGUUCUAUUUCAUCUUUGUUCCUCUUCGUUGGAUAUACUAUCGGUUCAAGAAAUGGCAUUACUACCUUUUGGACUUUUGCUACUAUGCCAACACGAUAUUUUUGGUUGACCUGCUUCUUUAUCCAAGGAACGAAAAGUUUUUCAUGGUUUGCUUCUCAUUUGCUGAGGGGCCGUUAGCAUGGGCAUUGAUUGUUUGGCGUUGUAGCUUGGUUUUUAGUUCUCUUGACAAACUUGUUAGUGUCCUUAUACAUCUUUUACCCGGGUUAGUUUUCUUCACUAUUCGAUGGUGGGAUCCAGCAACUUUUGCAGCGAUGCAUCCGGAAGGAACUUCUCGCAGAGCUUCAUGGCCUUAUGUAGAAAACAAAUCCUACCUUUGGAUAUGGCUCUUUUGGGUGCCCUUGUUUGCUUACACCCUUUGGCAGGCUUUGUAUUUUCUCAUUGUCAAUGUUUUACGUCGACAAAGGCUGUUGAGAGAUCCCGAAGUCAUGACUUCUUACAGGGAGCUCUCAAAGAAGGCACAGAAAGCAAACAAUGUAUGGUGGCGCUUGAGCGGUUUGCUUGGGGAUCAGAAUCGCUUGCUCAUGUACACUCUACUCCAAGCCGUAUUUACUGUGGCAACAAUGGCACUCACGGUCCCUAUCUUCUUGUCAUAUGAACUGCACUUUAUCUUCCAAAUUCUCAAGGUUUCCGCUUCUGUGUGGAACGGAGGUAGUUUCUUGCUGGAGGUGAUGCCGAGGCAAGUGAUUCUCAAGGAGAAGAAGAAAUCGGAAGUGCAGCCAACAGAAACUCGGGAAGAUCAACCAUCGGAUUAUGAUCAAAGGACGCACAAUUCAGUCGAGGCAUCACCAAGUCCUCCGAACUAGUAGGCUUUGUAAUUUGUAAACUUGUGUCAUGAAAAGUUACGCGUGUUUUGUUAAUUUUUGUAUUCAUAGAUCUUAGCUUUUAUUUGUAGAAGGUUAAUGUUUGUUUUGCAGUCAGAUGGGGAAUGAUUUGUUUGUUUGUGUACAAAUUCCGAGCAAGAACCCUAGCUAUUUAUCUCUCGUACUUACGCUCUCUGCUGUUCA